CUCAACCAUUCUCUGCUCUUGGACAGACCUCUCCCACAUCCGGCCGCCCACCUGCUGCCGCUAACAAGAAAAUUACUGGGGCACGUAGGCUGUUCAACCAUCUCUGAGUCAUGAACAAACAAGCACCGAAGGCGCGACCUGCACCAGCCAAAGUACCCGGCAUAUACAAAGUCGACUCAGUCCGCGAUGUAGCGGAGUCACUGAAUUUACCAAACCUACCAGAUGCUGUGGCCUCCGCGCUUGCGAGCGACGUCGAGUAUCGAAUACAACAGGUAGUCGAGGAAGCCGCGCGAUUUAUGCGACACGCGAAGCGCACCACCCUCACGACAGCCGACAUUGAUCAAGCUCUACGCGUCCUAAACAUCGAGCCUCUCUACGGCCACUUCCCGCACAACCCUCCAGCGUUCCGCCGGGCCCUCCCUUUUCCCCAAAUGCAGACCGCGGGCUCGGUGUACUUUGUCGAAGACGAAGAGAUCGAGUUUGACCGCGUCAUACGCGAAGAGAAGAUCUCCAUGCCCAAAGGCGUCAGCUGGACAGCGCACUGGCUCGCAGUGGAGGGCGUCCAGCCCCUCAUCCCUGAGAACCCGCCUGCCGCCCCUAGAGAGAUUGACCCUGACAGCGCAGCAGCGAAGACCGGUACAGCGAAUGGUGUCUCCGGGUCAGUGUUUCCUCUCACACCACCAUCCUCCGACCGCCCCUCGCCAAUCCAGUCGAGCAAGCAGACACAGCAACAAAAUAUCCUCGUCAAGCAGACACUUUCGCGAGAGUUGCAGUUGUACUACACGCGUCUCACCUCGUCGCUGCUUCCCCCCACCUCCGAUCCUGCAAAGCGAACUGCCGCACUUGCAAGUCUGCGGCACGACGCGGGUUUGUCGCCACUCUUGUCGUAUCUCGUGCAUUGGGUCGGAGAGGGUGUGGUCAAUACACUUAGGGGUGGCUCGCAGACGGAAACGGAUGGGAAGUUGUUGGAGGUCUACCUGGACGUCAUCGCCGCGCUUCUAGACAACCAGACACUUGGUGUGGAACCAUAUCUCCAUCAAAUACUGCCCUCCGUUUUCUCCAUCCUGCUAUACUCUUCCCUACCACCAUCCAACGCCAUCCACCUCCGCACCACAGCAGCCCAGAUCCUUGCUCACCUCCUCACUCACUAUUCCAUGACAUACCCCGGCCUCCCGACCAAAAUUGUGAAGACAUUGAUAGUAGGCCUCAUUGAUAACAAGAAAUCGCGAGCGACGCACGAGGGCGCUAUCCGCGGGCUAAUGGCCAUCGGGAAGGAGGCCCUACGGCAAGGGCUCGUGAACCGCAGUGGCGCCAGAACUGUGGGCGAGAAGUGUAUGCCCGGCGAGUCGAGUCAGCUCGUCGAGCUCGUCAUGGACGGGUUGAAGUUGAUCCACCCACCGUCUGCCCAUCCCGUCCCCCUCGACCCGAAUUCGAGCGCGGACAGCGAGCUCAUUGAGAAGCUCCACGCGACACUAGGCGACUUCUUCGCGGAGCGCGUCGUGUCCGAUGCCGAGUGGGCGCGGGGCAUUCUUUCGGACGAGGCUUCCGUUCUGUAG